AUGCUAACCCGGUUAAAAGAGUUAACAAAGUCCUUUGGGAAUCAUGUUGAGCCUGAAAACACUGAACAGCUGAAAAGGACUAAAGCAGAAGUUGAAAAGAACGUGACAAGGAUCCUAAAGCUAAUCAGGAAUGAAGACCAAGGAAAGAAAGAAGGAAAGCGAAAAGCCCCGGAAAAGGAGAUAGAACUACUUGGAUUGGUUGAGAACUUUCACAGAGAAUACGAGUCACUCUGUGCAUUGUAUGAUCAUCUCAUAGGAGUGUCAGGAAAAACACUAAAUCAUGCAAUCAGCGAGAAGGAAUGUUCUUCCAACUCCAGCUCAGACUCCGAGUAUUACUCGUCGGAGGAAACCGACAUCAAAAAUGGCAAAUUGGAAAGUGAAGCUGCAAGUUUUGAAGCUGCUGAAUUGAAGCAUGAACUGGCCUCUGUAAUUGAACAAAACAAGAAUUUGAAAUCGGAAUAUAAUGAACUGAAGAUUGAAGCAGAUAAGAAAGACAGAGAAAUUUCCGCUCUAGUUAAGGCCGGUGAGGCUAAUGAAACAUGGUCAUUGGCUCGGAUAAAAGAGCUAGAGGGUCAAUUAGCUGGUUUGAAGAUCGAAACCGAAUCUUCGCGAGGCCAGAAGAGAGAUCAAGAACCGGUAAGGGAAGGCAAAGCUGCUGAAGCUAGACAGAUAGGGGAUAAAAGGAAAGGAUGGCGUUCUCGUGUUUUAGAACUCGAAUCGAAAUUGAAGGAUAAAGAAGAUGAGAAUUCUGUUCCGAUGAAAAAACUGAAUGAAAAUGAGAACACUUUUACAACGAAAAUUCAGGAAAUGAUGGGAAAGAUAAGCAGUUUGCAGAUGGAAAUUGGUUCUCUACAUGCUAAAAGUAGUGAACUGGAAGAGAUAUUGGCGUGUGAAAGAGAAAAUAGUUUGUCUCAAAUUAAGGAAUUGAUGGAUCAGAAGACAGGAUUAGAAGUUCAAUUGGAGAUAAAAACCGCAGAGAUUUCGGAUAAUCUGGUUCGGAUAGAGUCUCUUAAUGACGAAUUGGCAAGAAAGGUCUUGGUUGAGAAGAAAAUGGCGGGAGAAGAUCAAAUGCAAUUGAACUCUCUAAGUAAGCAAAAAGAUGAAAGAAGAAUUGUGGAAAAGAAGAUGGAAGAUUUUGCGGAGAAGUUCCAAACUAGUUUUGAAGACAAGAUUCGUUUGUUGCACCAGAGAAUCUUGGUGACAGAACAGUUACACACUGAGAACAAAGAAAGCUAUAAGUUGACAAAGGAGAAGUACGAGAAAGAGAAUAGGGAAUUGGAAGUGAAGAUCACAUCUUAUGAAGAUGAGCUCAGGAAAACGAAGGAAAUCUCCGAAUUAGCAGAAUAUGCACUUAAUGGAUUGGAAUUGGUUGUUAGCAAGUUUGAGGAGGAAAAUGAUAACAUUUUGACACAUAUUUCCAAAAUGUCAAAUGAGAUUCAGUUUGCAAAGAGGUGGGUGACAGGGACAACUUGUGAGGUUAAAAGACUUAAGCACAAUCUGGAUUGCUUGGUGUCACAUCUGGAUGAUAAAGAAGAACAAGAGUUCUUGUUGAGGAACAAGGUUUGUAAGUUGGAGGCAAAGGUGAGCAAGGAAGGAGGGGAGAAGUUGAACUUGAUUCAAGCAAUUUCCCAACUUGAGAAAAAAGUGGGGAAAUAUGAGAGGCAGAUCAAAGACAAGGAUGAGAGGCUAUUGAGUCUUGGAGAUGAGAAGAGAGAGGCUAUAAGGCAAUUGUGUAUGUUGGUUGACUAUCAUCGCGGCCGGUUUGACCAUCUCAAACAAGUAGUCUCGAAGAUGGGGCUAAGAAGUGGGAGGACUAAUUAG